GCGGUGCAGAGCACUGAUCUCCACUCGCAGCGCAGCACCGCCGGCAGGACCGCUCCCGCUACCCCUGCCCUCGGCCCGGGCUCCCGGCUCCGGGCUCGCAGGAGCCCAGGCAUGGCUGCCUCCUACUGGAUACUGACAGGAGCAUCGCGGCUGCCUCCUCGUCCCCACGGAAGGUUUGCCCCUGAGGAUCUCGGACCCUGCGUGGGCCUGGCUCCCGGAGGCGGCAGGUUACCCGCACCACUCCCCAGUACACGGCCCCCGCCUUAGGCGCCCCUCCUGCCCGUGGCACCCCCGCGCGUGCGCCGGCUCUUGAGGCAGAGGCGGCGGGCAGGAAGCGACCGUGCGCAUGCGUGUAGGGAGCAGAGGAGAAAAGGCGGGGGGAGGACGGCCUACACGCAUGCGUACCGCCUGGCUGCUCUGGGGCGCAUGCGGACUGAGCGGUGCGGGGAGCUGGCCGUGAGUGCUCAGAGGAGGCACCGCGCCGGGGCGGGCCUCAGGUUCAGCCCAGGCUUCGCCGCGGGCCCGGCGUAGGCCGGUGCUUGGGAAAGGCCGCUCGUCCACCGGAGCCCGCCGGCUCCUGCCGCCAGGCCUCCCGGGGCAGGCCUGUUGGCCGCUGUCGCCGCGUCUGAGGGGAAGCUGGGGGGAGCGCGGCGGCGCAAAGAACCGCCAGGAUGAAGCUGGUGAGGAAGGACCUGGAGAAGGAUAAUGCGGGGCAGGUGACGCUGAUCCCCGAGGAGCCCGAGGACAUGUGGCACACCUACAACCUGCUGCAGGUGGGUGACAGCCUGCGGGCCUCCACCAUCCGGAAGGUGCAGACCGAGUCGGCCACUGGCAGCGUGGGCAGCAACCGCAUCCGCACCACCCUCACCCUCUGCGUGGAGGCCAUCGACUUUGACUCACAGGCCUGCCAGCUGCGGGUCAAGGGCACUAACAUCCAAGAGAAUGAGUAUGUCAAGAUGGGGGCCUACCACACCAUCGAGCUGGAGCCUAACCGGCAGUUCACGCUGGCAAAGAAGCAGUGGGACAGCGUGGUGCUGGAGCGCAUUGAGCAGGCCUGUGACCCAGCUUGGAGCGCCGAUGUGGCAGCCGUGGUCAUGCAGGAAGGGUUGGCUCACGUCUGCCUCGUCACUCCAAGCAUGACGCUUACCCGUGCCAAAGUGGAGGUGAACAUCCCCCGCAAGCGGAAAGGGAACUGCAGUCAGCACGACCGGGCCCUGGAGAGGUUUUACGAGCAGGUGGUGCAAGCUAUCCAGCGGCAUAUCAACUUUGAGGUGGUGAAGUGUGUACUGGUGGCUAGCCCAGGCUUUGUACGGGAGCAGUUUUGUGACUACAUGUUCCAGCAGGCGGUCAAGACUGACAACAAGCUUCUGCUGGAGAACAGGUCCAAGUUCCUACAGGUCCACUCUUCCUCAGGACAUAAAUACGCAUUGAAGGAAGCCCUCUGCGACCCAGCUGUAACUAGCCGUCUCUCUGACACUAAGGCAGCUGGUGAGGUCAAAGCCUUAGAUGACUUCUAUAAAAUGCUGCAGCAUGAGCCUGACCGGGCUUUUUAUGGUCUAAAACAUGUGGAGAAGGCCAAUGAAGCCAUGGCCAUUGAUACCUUGCUGAUCAGCGAUGAGCUUUUCCGGCACCAGGAUGUGGCUACACGUGCCCGAUAUGUUAAAUUGGUAGAUAGUGUACGGGAGAACAUGGGCACAGUACGCAUUUUCUCCAGCCUUCAUGUGUCUGGAGAGCAGCUUGGCCAGCUGACAGGAGUAGCAGCCAUCCUGCGCUUUCCUGUUGCUGAGCUCUCUGACCAGGAAGAUGAAUCUAGCUCUGAAGAGGAUUGAUAACAGUGACUUUAUGCCGCAGUUACUUUUCCAGAUCAUGUUGAAAUGACAUUAAAGGCCCUUCCUUCCCAAGUACUGUAUGCAGAUGUGCCAUGACAUGUUAUUUAAGUUUUUGAUAGUAUUUCUUACAGUAUGUAGCUCUGCUCAGCACGCUAAUGGAUAUCUGUUGUAUUGUAAUAGUUAUUGGUAUACUGUGCAUUGGAGCUGACUGUUUUUGCAAGUCACACUCUGAAUCACCAGCAGUACAAGAAACUCAUUUGACUCCCCAAAGCUGCUCGUUCUGCAUCUUAAGGCAGACUGGCAGCUUAGUGUAUUGGAAUGUGUAUGAAAAGAUAAUAAACUAAUAGGAAGAAAACUA